AUGGCCUCUACUCUCGAAGCUACCGGCGCUCCAGCCGCUCGCAUCACCUCUACUGCUUCCACCAUUGCGGACUAUGCUUAUCCUUAUGGCCACCUGGGACACUUGACGCAGAAGCAGGAGGAGGCUUUUGUCCAGUUUAAGAAGGUCCUUGAGGAGAGGGGCCUUUUGAAAGUUGGACCUCCGCCUUCUCAUGAUGACCCUUUGAUCUUGCGAUACUUGCGCGCGCGAAGAUGGAAUGUCGAGGAUGCGUAUCAGCAGUUCAAAGAGACAGAAGAUUGGCGCAAGGCAAAUGAUCUGGACGUUUUAUACGACACCAUUGAUCUAAGCGCCUACGAUUUCAGCCGUCGCCUGUACCCCCAAUGGACCGGCCGACGCGACCGCCGCGGAAUUCCCCUCUAUGUCUUUGAAGUCAAGACCCUCGACUCCAAGACCGUCCACGAGUAUGAAAAGGUCGGCGCAUCGAGUACCUUUUCCAAAGCCAAGUCCGACGGCAAGACGCCAAACGGCCUGCUGCGCUUAUUCGCUCUGUACGAGAACUUGACACGCUUCAACAUGCCUUUCUGCACACAACUCCUCGACCGCGAGCACCCCGAGGUUCCUAUCACAUUGAGCACAAACAUUGUGGAUAUUUCGGGCGUCGGGUUGAAGCAGUUCUGGAAUCUUAAGCAGCAUAUGCAGGCUGCUUCACAAUUAGCUACUGCACAUUACCCCGAGACGCUGGAUCGCAUAUUCGUGAUUGGUGCGCCGGCGUUUUUCAGUACCGUUUGGGGUUGGAUCAAGCGCUGGUUCGAUCCUAUUACUGUGUCCAAGAUUUUCAUCCUCGGUCACCAUGAGGUGAAGAGUGUGCUUGAGCAGUACAUUGAGCCACGAAACAUUCCUAAGAAGUAUGGUGGUGAGCUUGACUACAAAUUUGGAGAACUCGGUAACCCCGAUCCUAACUGGGAGGGUGUCGUCGAGUUUGAGAAUGGACACAAGACGUUCCCUAGCGGACCGUUAUUGUGGGAGGAGGACACCAAUGGAAGACUGGUCUGUAUGGCUAAGGGUUCCAAGGACGGCCAACCUCGAAACGAGAGAAUCUGCACAAUUCCCAAGACUUUCGGUCUCGCUCCCGUGGUAGAAAUCUCAAGCGGUGAAACAGCCGUCGAAACACCAGCGGAAACCAACGACGCAGCCGCCCUCAACGGAAACGGCCACCCCGUAUCUCCUCAAGGAACACAUGAUGAUGGUGUUCAAACCGAUGAUGCUCUUUUGAGCGGCGAUGUGAACGAGAAGCUGAAGCUGCAGGACGAUAAGCCUGUCACGACACAGACGGCUACUGCGUGA